AUUUUGAUUUUCAUUUAAGAGUGCAGCGCAAGAAAGCGGUAAAUCAGUGUUCAUCAAUUUUCCACUCUCACUACCUCUCUCGAUUUCAUCGCUUCCCUCUUACUAAUAAGAUAGUUGAUUUCACCUAAUCAAGAUGUUUCUCACCAGGACUGAGUAUGACAGAGGAGUCAAUACAUUCUCACCAGAAGGUCGGUUGUUUCAGGUUGAGUAUGCUAUUGAGGCUAUCAAGCUGGGUUCUACUGCGAUUGGGAUAAAGACCAAGGAAGGUGUUGUGCUUGUUGUGGAAAAACGUAUCACAUCUCCAUUGCUGGAGCCUAGUAGUGUAGAAAAAAUCAUGGAAAUUGACGACCAUAUAGGAUGUGCCAUGAGUGGAUUGAUUGCUGAUGCUCGCACACUUGUUGAGCAUGCACGAGUGGAGACCCAGAAUCAUAGGUUCUCUUACGGUGAACCAAUGACUGUUGAGUCAACUACACAGGCUUUAUGUGAUUUAGCUCUUCGUUUUGGGGAAGGAGACGAAGAGUCCAUGUCUCGUCCUUUUGGUGUAUCUCUCCUCAUUGCAGGUCAUGAUGAAAAUGGACCAAGCUUGUAUCACACAGAUCCUUCUGGUACAUUCUGGCAAUGCAGUGCAAAGGCUAUUGGUUCUGGUUCUGAAGGUGCAGAUAGUUCCUUGCAGGAGCAAUAUCGUAAGGAUUUAACUUUUGAAGAAGCUGAGACUAUAGCGCUUUCCAUCUUGAAGCAGGUUAUGGAGGAAAAGGUGACUCCAAACAAUGUCGACAUUGCAAAGGUCUCCCCAACCUACCACUUGUAUUCUCCAUCUGAAGUGGAGGCUGUCAUCGGUCGCCUUUAAGUUGUACUCUGCCAGAAGCUGCUGUGCCUGUCUUCAGUCCUGAUUUCUCUCUUGAUGCUUUGGUUCUCUCUGGUUAAUGAAUAUUGCCAGAAACCAUUUUGGGUUGUUGUUUGAAUGUACGUAAACAAUUUGAGGUUCAAAGCUGUUCUUGUACUGUAGUGUAUUCUGUUUUGCCAAGUGCCCGAAAUUAAGAGGAACUCAAACCUUACAGAAACUGAGACAGGAACGUAGAUUAUAGGAUCCUAGAAUUACUGAGACAGGAACAUAGAUUAUAGGGUCAAACUAAUUGCAACUUUGUAAGUCAAGAUUCUAUCCAUUGCUCGUCAUCAGCAGGUUUCAAAUUGAUGAUUUUUUCUUUUCAAAAGCUGAGAUGGAUUUUUUGUUGCAUCUUAA